GCCGUGCGAGCAUGCGCAGAGCUCUGGUCGACGGAGAGGAAAGCAUUUCAGAGCCGAGGUGGGGAAGCUGGGGAGCGGAGCCGAGCCACCAUGGCUGGGGAGGCGAUGCAGAGUAACCAUGGAAAUUUCCCAAUUUUUGAGCAACUGCGAUUGGACCAGAGCUCAGAUUUUUCAGAUACCUCAUUCCAACAGAAAUUGGAUGAAGCCAAAGAGCAGAUUAAACGUGAGAUCAGAAAAGAAUUGAAGAUAAAAGAAGGUGCAGAGAACCUGCGUAAAGUCACCACUGACAAAAAAAACUUGUCCAAUGUGGAACAUGUCCUGAAAAACUCCAAUCGAAAACUGGAGAUGUUACAUGAACAGCUGCAAGACCUAAAUGCCCACAUUGUGGUGAAGGAUCCUGAGGAAUUGCAAGAUGAACCUCAGUCUCCUGGUACUGUAAGCAGGGAGGCCCGUUCCACUGCCAACAAGAACCGGAUAGUGGCGCUAGAGAAACAGCUUGAUAUCGAGAUGAAGGUGAAGCAAGGAGCUGAGAAUAUGAUCCAGAUGUACUCUAGUGGACCUGUGAAGGACCGGAAGAUGUUGUCCACUGCACAACAGAUGCUGCAGGACAGUAAAACCAAAAUUGAGGUGAUCCGUAUGCAGAUCCGCAAGGCAGUGCAGGCAGAUGAGUUGCAUCUAGAAGAUGAGGACGGCCAAGAAAUGAGGAAUGUGAUAUUUUUCCUGAAGUCUGGCACCAGAAAGAUACAGGCGAAUCAGUCAUUCAGCCCACGGGAGACUCGGAACCGCAGCAAUGACCCAGUGUUGCCUCUUGUCCUUGAAAAACUCAACAAACUUUUUCUGGAUGGCGGUGACAAAGCCAGGGACAUGGACCAAAGUGACCAACCGGUACGACAAUAUGGUGGCCACCAGCUGGUUUAUGAUCAGCACUCGAAACAGUCCCAUCCAGUGUGCGAGGUGGGUGGCCACCUUGGUCUGCAACUCAAACCAAUUUGCCAGCCAGGAUUCCUCAGCAGGGCAAAGAUGGACUCCCAGGUAGAGGAGGCUCAGUCCAGGCUGAAUGAGUCGAGUGAGAAGGUGGACUUAUUAAAGCAUUCUUUAGAGCAGAGAUUAAAUGAGCUCCCAGAAGAUCAUCCAAAAGGCUGUAUUGUUAAAGAGGAACUUGUUAUGUCAAGCUCUCCAGCGUUCAGCAAUCGGAAUAGCACUUCUUACCAACAGAACCAGUAUAGCACACUUUACAAGCCAUCACCACUGACAGGUACACUGGAGGUCCGGAUCGUUGGUUGUACAGGUCUUUUAGAGUCUGUUCCAGGGCGAUCUCGUGGGUCUGGUGUCCCCUUGCCUGCAUACAGUCCCAACGAGAGUCGAACUUCUUUCAUGAGCAGGACCAGCCGGGGUCUGUACGGAAGAAGUGGAAGUGGCAGUGGCCGCAACCUCGUUAUCAAAUCUGAAGAGUUAUCCAAUGAUGUGAGUGCCGUCCUCAAGCUUGAUAACACAGUUGUGGGACAGACGGCAUGGAAAGCAGUUGGUGAACAAUCAUGGAAUCAAACCUUCACAGUGGAGCUGGAGCGUUCUCGGGAAUUAGAGAUCAGUGUUUACUGGCGGGACUGGCGUUCUCUCUGUGCCUUAAAAUAUCUUAAACUGGAAGACUUCCUGGAUAACCAACGGCAUGAAAUACAGCUAGAUUUGGAACCUCAGGGGGUGCUGUUGACAGAGGUCACGUUUUCUAAUCCUGUGAUUGAACGAAUACCCAAACUGCAACGGCAAAAGAAGAUUUUCUCCAAACAGCAAGGGAAGGCUUUCCUUCGAGCUCCUCAGAUGAAUAUUAACAUCGCCACGUGGGGUCGGUUGUUGAGGAAAGCAUUUCCUGCUAUUAAUUCCACAGGAACAUAUAGCCCAUCAUCUUACAUGACUGCUGUCUCUGAGGGCAGGCAGACGCUGUCCACCAACAUGCCUGGAGACUUGUCAUUUGAAAAAUUGUCCUUUGAUGUCGAUGACCCUUCAAGCACACCUCGAAAGGCUUCAUUGGAGUCGAGGAGCAGUCCCAAUGGUGAUAAGACAAUGCAGACUGAUGUCAUUCAUCCAAUUUCUCCAGUAAAGCAAAUUUCAUCCACAUCUGAAUCAGAUGGUAAUCGGCAAAGCACACAGCUGAAGUCCUCACUGACUCUAGAUGAUUUCAAGCUGAUUGCAGUCUUGGGCAGGGGACACUUUGGAAAGGUGCUGCUGUCAGAAUAUAAAAAAUCAGGACAACUAUUCGCCAUUAAAGCUUUGAAGAAAGGAGAUAUUGUUGCAAGGGAUGAGGUUGACAGCCUUAUGUGUGAGAAACGGAUCUUCGAGACUGUGAACAUCUCCAAUCAUCCAUUCCUAGUCAAUCUUUUUGCGUGUUUCCAAACCCCAGAGCAUGUAUGCUUUGUGAUGGAGUACACGGCUGGUGGAGAUCUCAUGAUGCACAUACACGCUGAUGUUUUCUCGGAACCCAGAGCUGUGUUCUAUUCUGCGUGUGUCGUCCUUGGGCUGCAAUUCCUUCAUGAUAACAAGAUUGUGUACAGGGAUUUGAAGCUUGAUAACUUGCUCCUUGACACAGAGGGUUAUGUCAAAAUCGCUGAUUUUGGACUUUGUAAGGAAGAUAUGGGCUAUGGAGAGCGGACGAGCACUUUCUGCGGUACUCCAGAGUUUCUUGCUCCUGAGGUUCUGACAGACACCUCCUACACCCGGGCUGUGGACUGGUGGGGACUUGGUGUUCUCAUCUAUGAGAUGCUGGUGGGAGAGUCUCCAUUUCCAGGGGAUGAUGAGGAGGAAGUGUUUGACAGUAUUGUCAAUGAUGAGGUUCGAUACCCACGAUUCCUGUCUACUGAGGCCAUCGCUGUAAUGAGAAGGUUGUUACGAAGGAAUCCUGAGCGCCGGUUGGGAUCCAGUGAACGCGAUGCAGAAGAAGUGAAGAAGCAGCCAUUCUUCAGGGAAAUAGAUUGGCAAGCCUUGCUUGCCAAGAAAGUGAAACCACCUUUUGUUCCCACCAUCCGUGAUCGGGAGGAUGUCAGCAAUUUUGAUGAAGAGUUUACAGCAGAAGAGGCAACACUGACCCCACCACGAGAGCCCAGGAUUCUCACCGAGAAGGAGCAGAUUAUGUUUAAGGAGUUUGAUUAUGUCUCAAAAUAUUGUUAAUGUUCUUCGACUGCCUUGUCCAGCAAUAAUUCUAGUCACUGGUUUCAUAUUUUCAAAUCUUAAAAGCAGCCCAUGUCUGUGGAACCGUGCUCUGAAAUGUGAUGCAAUCCCUCUGCUUUUUUUCAAAAAAAAGCUUUUAUUUAUAUAUAUUUUUUGAUCAAUCUUAAUUUUUUAUAUUUCUAGAAACCUUAACAAAUUAAGUUUGCAAGCAAAUUGACCUGCUGCACCAGGAGCCUCUGACGCUCUUUGUCAGGUCACGCUGUUACCUUGUUGUACUGAGAACCUCACUUUCCCCUCAUGACAAAAUCCCACCCUGCUCCCACAUUAUGUCACACUAUCACUCUGCUGUACCUGGACUGACACCCUCAAUCAUGAUUAGUAGAUCUAAAAGGAUGCUAUUCGACCAGGUUCAUUUGCGAGCAACUGCGGGACUGCUGGAUAGAAUUACAAUGAAUUGCAAUUAGUUCAAAAAAGAUCAGAUUUUAGAGUUGGUUAGGAUUGAGGAACAGGGGACUGCAGCUUCUUGGUUUCUUUUAUGUUUCAGUUGCACUUUUCCAGAUCUGUCUGAUGUUCCAAUUAUCUUUAAAGAUUCUGCUCACGGUGAAUAAUGUGACAGUGAUACAGUGUCUGUGCAGCCCCUUGCAUCUACCCACACCUACCAUAACCAGUCACAGUCCUGCCCCAGAUCUCCACAAGUCAAAACAGCACUCAUGUCCUUCUCUCUCAUAUUCCAGCUCACCAUAUUGAGGAGGUUGUGUUAUGUAUGUAGUAGUCACUUCACUGUAUGCCUGGUGUGCCUGUAGCCUCUACAAGUAACAAAUUGGUGAUCUUGUUAUCGUGACUUGGUUUACAUAUUAAUUUAGAAGCUUAAAACACAAGUAGAUACAAAUAUCAGCACAGCUGGGGCUAAUUGCACUGACACCUGGAGCAUAAGCUCAUCAAUCUUUGAAAUGAACGUUCAGUCAGUGUGGAGCUGAACCUGUUCGGUUUCUGUUGCACCUCCCUCCCCCACUUGAAUCCAGAUGACUACUGCCUUACAGGAUGGAAAUCUGUCCAGUCAAGCCUUUGUGACAGUUGUACAGUUGAGGGCAUUAAGGUUACAAAAAAGUACUGCAGGUACUGGAGAUUUGAAAUUAAAGAUAGAAAGCGCUGGAGGAGCUCAGCAGGUUGGACAGCAUCAAAGGAAAGAGAAAAGCAAGUUAACAAGUUGAGUCCGAAUUCAUUCCUCUUCACAAGUACUUCUUCCAAAGAAGAGUCGUCUUGAAUUUGAAAUUAAUGCCCUUUCUCUCUCUCUCUCUCUCUCUCUCUCUGCUGAUGCAGCCAGAUUGCUGAGUUUCUCUAACAUUUUUUUAUUUAAGGUCUAUCAUGUUGGCCUUGCUGGAUGCCCAGUUGCCCAGAGGAGUUUCACAGUAGCUCAGUGGUUAAUACUGCUGCCUCACAGUGCCAGGGAUCCAGGUUCAGUUCCAGCCUUGGGCAACUGCCUGUGUGGAAUUUGCACCUUCUCCCUAUGUCUGCGUGGGUUUCUGCCAGGUGCUCCAGUUUCCUUCCACAGUGCAAAGAUAUACAGGUUAGGUGGAUUGGCUGUGCUAAAUUACCCAUAGGGUCCAGGGAUGUGCUGGCUAGGUGUGUUAGCCAUGGGAAAUGCACGGUUACAGUGAUAGGGUAGGGAAAUGAGUCUGGGUAGGAUGCUAUUUGGAGAGUUGGUGUGGACUUGUUGGGGCAAAUGGCCUGUUCUAUUUAAAAAAAGAGAUACUGGAAUAAAAAGAGAAGCUUGCAACUUUAAUUUGAUCUCCAGCAACUGUAGGACUUUGUUUUUAUUUUGGGGCCUGAUGCCAGAGUUGGAUUUCCAGUUGUGUACACUGUUGAUGUUUCUCUCAUGAGAAAUGUUAUAAUUAAAUCUUGCCUUGCAUUCCUGUUCCUCCCCAAGGAUACCCCACUUAGAAAUGCUGCUGAUGUUCCUCUGGGGAGAUAUGUCUCAAUCAUUAUUCCAGAUACUCCUUUGAAUGAGCCAAUGGGUGUUAGCUGGUAUACUCUGAAGGAUUCUUAACCUCUUCUAUGAUUGCGCUGGUCCCAAUUCCAACUUGGCUGUCACUGUCUCCACAGUUAACCUAAAGCCACUUCUUGUCAUUAGCCAUUGCAGAAUGCCUGAAACUCAAGCCUAACCCGAUACAAAUGAAGGAUGGAAAGCAUGAUCUUGAAUGAAGGGCUAAAGACUGAACAUGCUACUGAAAUCCCCAGAGGGGCCAUUAAGGCUGUUACUGUUACUAUCCACUCCAAGGUCAUUCUGCCCCAUUAGCAACAAUAGCUUAGAUUGUCAAGGAAACUUGACUAUUUUUUUAUUGAUAGAAAGGUGUAUUUUUUAAAAGAACAAAUCUUAUUGGUAUAAAUAGCUUUUUUUUUCUUGUUUAAUGUAUCAUUACCACCAUUCUUUGAAUAAGAUGAUUUAGCCAGUGUGGAGACUGCUGACUGUUUAUUCAAACCCUUCCCUGGACACAGCCUCACUACAUGUAAUGUAUUUAAUGUUAUUUAAAGUAGUUAUCCUUGCCUGUGAUGGUACAGUCACAUCUCUUAGCAGCCAAAGGGUGUGUGCCUGAGGGUUUGCACCCAGACUGUCACAUGAAUUCCUGAGGGUUUGCACCUCAGAGUGCCAGUUGCAUGCCCAUGAGUGUGCACUGCAGGAGGUUUGGAUGCAUGUCUGAGGGUGUGCACCACAGAGGUUUCAGGUGCGUUCCUGAGGUUGUGCACCAUGGAGUGUCAGACGAUGGAAUGAAGUUUUGGGACUGCUUUCUUGUGGUGGUGGCCUUGCAGUUUGUGAGUCACAAAGACUAGCAGAUCAUGUCAAACUGUAUGCCCCUUCGACUAUUUUCAACAAGCAAGGCACUGCCCAUACCCACAAGACCAUAAAAAGUAAGAAGAGUAGGCCAUUCAGGACCUCAAGCUUGCUCCACCACUGAAUAAGAUCAUGGCUGAUCCGACAUUCCUCACAUCUACUUUCCUGCUUAUCUCGUGUAACCAUUUAAUCUUCCUUAAUCUAUCUGUCUCAGCCUUAAAUGUGCACAAGGACUCCACUGUUCUCUGUAACAAGGAAUUCCAAAGAAAUUGAACGUUCUGAGAGAAUAAUUUCCUUCUAGUCUGAGUCUUAAAUUGGUGCCCCUUUAUUUUGAGAUUAUGGCCUCUGAUACCAAAUGAUCCCAUGUGGGGCAACAUCGUCUCAGCAUUUACCCUAUCAAGCUCAUUAAGAACCCGAUAUGUUUCAUUGAGAUCACUGCUCAUUCUUCUAAACUCCAGUGAGUAGUGUCCCAAUCUGUUAGCAUUUGCUCAGAAGACAUUCCCUCUAUACCAGGUCCUUGUUAACCUUCUUUAAACUGCUUCUAAUGAGUUAAUAUCUUUUCUUAGAUAGGUAGAUCAAAACUGCUUAUAGUAUUCCAGUACCCAAUCAGUAAAAAUCAUAACAUAGUGUCCUCCAUCAUGAAAUUUUCUGGAUAAUCCCGAGUGUGCGAAAAAUUAUGCUGACAAUUAAUUUAGGAUUGUCAGUUGGGUUUGCAGUGUGGCACACUUACAUGUAUUGAAAGCUACAUAUGUUAUUGCUGUGGGAGCUUUGCAGAUUGAAGGAAUGUAUACACACUGCAUCUGUUUCCUCUCUACAAAAUGAGUGACAGUCAUUGCUGGUUCAUUUCUCGUCAGUGUUUGGCAGUUAACCGUCAAUCAACAUUCAUAGAUGCAUUCUCCGUCAUAGCACGUCCAAAGAGUCCACUUACCAACCAAUCAGCACACCCUUGUCAUGCAGUAUUAAAGUUGUUUGUCCCCUUGCAAAUUAUUCUGAUGAGUGAAAGACAGAGAGCUCUGAUAAAAUGUGCCCUUUUCAGCAA